CCGUUUCCUCAAAUACGAUCCAGAUCAGCCAUUUUUGAGGUUGGGAAAGUUGCUGUAUGUGCAGUAUUCGGCUUUUGCGGUUUCUCUGACAAAGCAAAACCAUCAUCCAGGCGCGAAAUGCGAAUCUUUCAAACCCCUGCUGUAAGCAAAUUUGUUCGGAGUUUCUCACAGCCUAAACUUAACCCGACGACGGGAGGGGCGAAGGUGAAACCCAGGCGUUUGAGUGUAGCUGCUCUCGCGGGUCCGCGCGAGUUUUUGGCGUUUAGAACAAACGCCAGAAACUCGUUUUCGCGUGCACUCUCAGUAAAGUACACGCGCGACGAAGCGUUCUGCAAAGCACGAGACCAGCCCGCGAACUUCUGGGCAGAUGCGGCGCGAGGCGUUGCGUGGUUCGAGCCGUGGACACGAGCGCUCGACAGCACGGACCUGAUCUUUCCCAAAUGGUUUGUGGGGGGAGAGCUGAACAUGUGCUACAACGCAGUGGAUCGUCACGUAGAGACGGGCAGGGGUGAGCAGCCGGCCAUCAUACACGACAGCCCCGUCACUGGCACCAAACGCGUCAUCACUUACAGGGAGGUGCAAGAUCAGGUGUCCAGGCUAGCAGGGGUCCUGGUGAAGCAUGGCGUGAAGAGGGGAGACGUGGUGGUGAUCUACAUGCCCAUGGUGCCCCAGGCCAUGUACACUAUGCUGGCCUGUGCCCGCAUCGGUGCCCCUCACAGUCUCAUCUUCGGGGGCUUCGCUUCCAGAGAGCUCGCUGUCCGCAUCACCCAUGCCAAGCCCAAGCUUCUGGUGACGGCGUCGUUCGGCAUUGAGCCUGGCCGGAGAGUGGAGUACAUCCCCCUUGUGGAGAAAGCUCUUCAGCUCAGCAGCCACCGACCUCAGAAGGUCCUCGUCUACAGCCGGCCUGGCAUGGAGAAGGUGUCCAUGUCCCCAGAUGUAGCGCUGGACUGGGAGGAGGAGCUGGCAGUGGCCCGCCCCCACGACUGUGUGUCUGUCCCGGCAGACCAUCCCCUCUACGUGCUGUACACGUCAGGUACCACCGGGAGCCCUAAGGGGGUCGUUAGAGACACAGGAGGAUAUGCCGUGAUGUUGAACUGGACCAUGUCUAAUGUCUAUGGCCUGAAUCCUGGUGAGGUAUGGUGGGCUGCCUCUGAUCUGGGCUGGGUGGUAGGCCACUCCUACAUCUGCUAUGCUCCGCUUCUCCAUGGCAACACCACGGUGCUCUACGAAGGAAAACCCGUGGGGACUCCGGAUCCAGGCGCAUUUUUCCGUGUCAUGUCUGAGCAUGGAACAGUUUCUGUGUUUACUGCCCCGACCGCUAUCAGAGCAAUCCGGCAGCAAGACCCAAAAGCCUCCCACGGGAGACGGUACAACCUUAGCAGUCUCAGGGUUUUAUUUGUGGCUGGAGAACGCUGCGACCUAGAGACACUAGAAUGGGCAAAACGGAGCUUUAAUGUCCCAGUUCUAGACCACUGGUGGCAGACUGAGAGUGGUUCUGCCAUCUCUGCAUCAUGUAUUGGCCUGGGCAACUCACUGUUGCCCCCUGCUGGAACAGCAGGCAAACCUGUUCCAGGCUACAACGUGACUGUGGUUGAUGAUGAACUGCAACCGAUGAAGCCAAGGAUGUUGGGAAAUAUUGUGGUAAAGCUCCCUCUGCCUCCUGGUGCAGCUCUUUCGCUCUGGCAGAACCCGGAGCUGUUCAGGGACCUGUACUUCUCAAAGUUCCCUGGCUACUACGACACCAUGGAUGCUGGUUACAUGGAUGAGGAGGGAUUUUUGUACAUCAUGGCGCGGUCUGAUGAUGUCAUCAACGUGGCAGGCCACAGGCUGUCGAGUGGGGCCCUUGAGGAGUCAGUGCUGCAGCAUCCCGGGGUGGUGGACUGCGCUGUUGUGGGACUGGAGGACUCUCUGAAGGGUCACGUGCCACUGGCACUAUGUGUGCUCAGAAGUGACUUCCAGAAGAGGAAGGACGCUGUAGUGAAUGAGGUGGUGAGCUUGGUGAGGAACGCCAUAGGGCCAGUGGCUGCUUUCCGGAAGGUUCUCUUCGUCCAAGCUCUACCCAAAACCCGCUCAGGAAAAAUCCCGCGAUCUUCCCUGGCCAAACUUGUUAACGGACAGCCGUAUAAGAUCACCCCUACCAUUGAAGAUCCGAGAGUGUUCAAGGACAUUGAGAAGGCUGUGAAGGAGACUCUGAGAGGAGCUUGCUGAUGAUGGACGAUCGCGCAGACACACACACAUGCACGCACAACACAAACGUGCGCCGACACGCGCACACACAUGCACGCACAACACAGA